AACCUUACUGCCAGCGACCGCCGCCAUCCGAUCGUGGAAUGGAAGACUCCAGCCAUCCGGGAACUGAAAAGGCCGUUCCAGCCCGAACAUCACACGCCUGCGAGCGCUGCCGUAGCCUCAAGACGCGGUGCCUGCCAAGCGAGCGACCCGGCACGUGCCAGAGAUGUUUCACUGCGAAACGUGAGUGCGCUUGGUCGGAUACUCCUCGACGAGCAAGGAGGGUGCGCGGACCCUCGCGCAUAUUGCAGGUUGAGCAGAAGAUCGAUGGUCUGGUUGCUAGUCUCGUGAACCCGGAUGCGCCUAGGGCCGCUUCAACACCAGCGCCCUCGCAACAGUCGCCGAGCGCUGCGAAUGGUUCGCAGCCGAAUGCAGCUGAAUCCCAAAAUUCUGCGGAAUUCUCCGUGUUCCCAGGGGGCUGGCUGCCUUUUUCAUCUUCCUUUGCACGGAAGAGCUCGGCUGGCCAGACAAACGAGGAGUCCCGGCGGGAUGCGGAGCCCACACAUCAAUUCCUCGAGCAACUUCGUGAAAUACACAACUUCGGUGACAACCAUGACAUGAGUAAGCCACCCGAUGGUGUAUUUAGGGUCUCACAGAGCACGGAGCCCGCUAUUGAGAAUGAAAAGGUCAAGAACCUACUCGCAAACGGAGACGCCGACGCUUUGCUAGAGGAGUAUCGAUCCAUGUCCGCUUCAUUCCCCUUCGUCCCUAUUCCGUUAGCGACCACUGCGCGAGGUCUCCAUGCUGCGAAACCCAUGCUUUUCCUUGCUCUAAUCACGGUCGCGUCUUGGAAGGAUCACCAGCGGCAGCUGGCUCUCGACGAACUGUACCGGACGGAGUUGGCCAAUCGCACCAUUAUUCGCCCGCGCAGGACCUUAUCAUUGUUGCAAAGCGUCCUUCUGUACUUAUCCUGGUAUCACUUCGUAUUCAGCCACAAGACGCAACAGAUCUACUUUAUCCAGCAGCUUGCUAUCGGCUUAGCUCUUGAUUUGGGCCUACACCAGAGGUCAAAAAGGCCACCUAUCGAAUUCCCAGGCCGACCAAAACCCCAGCUUCCGUCACCAGGAGAGCAAAGAGAGCGGCAGCGGACGUAUCUUGGCUGUUAUUUCCUGUCCUCUAUGAUUGCUGGAGGAGUCCAAAGGCCUAACCUUCUUAAGUACAAUGAUUACAUGGCGGAGUGUAGCCGAAACCUGAAGUACGAUCGCGAGUACCCUUCCGAUGAAGUCAUUGAACCCUUGAUCGCCCUUCGUCGCCUCGAUGACCAAAUCCACGAUUCCUUCUACACGGAAGAGACAAUCGACUUGCCCAUUACGGACUCGCGAAUUUUCAUGAAUCUACGCUUCAUGGAGACUCAGCUAGAUGAGUUUAAACGGAGCACCUACAAUGACGAAUUUCAACGCACGCUCGAAUUAUCUUAUUCCUUUACUGAAAUGCAGCUGCACAGCAUCGGGCUUCGCACGUCUGCGACACUGACGCAAUCACCUAUAGCUGAUCCCACACAGUUGAACGCGCUGCUUGCCGCCCUUGAAGCGGGAAAACGAUUCUUAGACGCGCUGCUCACCUUCCCUGUAUCGGAUUAUCAUCUCAUCUCGUUUUCUGAGUGGAUGCGACUCCCUUACGUCGUUAUAACUGUGGCACGACUAUGCAUACCGAGCGAUGCCCAUGCCGCUGCCCAGUGGGAUGUAAAGGCAGCCCAGGACCGAGUCCGACUAGAUCUGUACCUCGAAUCCCUUUGCUACCGCAUGCAAGGCCUGAGCACAUACGACAAAAUCAAGCAACCGCACCUCGAUUUUUGGCACGCGUUAAGGAUGAUCAUGGACCUGACCAGGACCUGGUUCGUGCGGAAGAUCAAACCCAAGACAACAGUGUCGACGAAAAACACGCCGGGUGGGCUACCAACGCCGGACACUCUGCAGAGUUCCAACCAAGGAGCUACUGAAGCUGGUCCUUCAGCCGCGCCAUCCGCGGAUGCGGCUGUCGAAUUCCCUCACGCCAGAUUAGGUGCCAUGAACUUGGAUAUGAACAUGGGCAACGGCGGCCACGACCCUUUCGCUUUCAUGAGGGAUAUGGACUUCGAAAUGGACAAAUUCUUCGAUAUGGGUCUUUGGGGCGACGAGAGCUACGUAGGCAUGGGCUUUGGUGGCGGUAUGGGCUUCUGAACCACCUCUGUUCCCUUCGUUCCAGCUCGCUGUCGGCUGAUGACCCCCUUCCGGUCUCACAGGGGAGUGCUUGUAUUCGUUUCACCCUAGGAUGUUUCAAUGAAUAGUUGCAUCUUCGAACGUUGUGCGGCGUUGGGCGACCUUUUCGAAGCAG